UAUGACGGAGCUACAGGCGACACCCAGUGAGUACUUCCAAGCGGAGGCGGGCCAUGACCAGUCGUUUGGUCAAUCGCGCCACGGAGCCCAAUGGCCAAGUUUUCACCGAUGAAGCAGGCGAAUCAAGUGUUGAAUCAGGUCAAGGUGGGACUGCACACAGUGCCCGUGGAGAAUAAUGCACGAAUGCUGCCGCACAGCCACACGCAUCAUCAAUUUCCGGGACACUAUCCAAGCCACAUGGUGCCGCAGCAGCAGCAGCAGCAACAGGAACAGCAUUACCAGAGCCAGCAGCAGGGACAGCAGCAUCAGCAGCAGAUCCAUCACCAGCCACAGAGCCAGCACCAGCAGCAUCAUUCGCAGCAUCAGCCGCAGCAGCAGAGCCAUCACAUCGAGCAAACCCAGCAGCAGCAAGAUCAAAAUCUAAUCGAAAACGUUUGGCACUUUUCGCUGCAGGCCAUUGAUCGCCUGGACAAGUGGCGCGGCAGCGACGACAAGCUCGGGUUCUUUUCACUUUGCCUGCGGCCUUUGAUCAUACAGGAGCCGGGCAUACGUCGGAAUGUCCCAGAACUCGAUCACAGACUGGCCAUGGUGAUCCAUCAGAUCAUAGACGAUGCUGCCGCCUCGAUCACGGCCAAGGAGAAUGCCGUGCUGCAGGAGCGAGCGAAUCAGCUGCUGCGACGCCAGGAACUGGAGCAACUGAGAGCGGAUCUGGAUCGACGGGAGGUGGAGUUGCGUCGCCAAGAGGCCAUGGCCCUGACACUGAGCGAGCAUCAGCCGCGUUCGCACUCCCCAGCCGGAGAUCCACGGGCAACACGUUACGCUGAGGAGCGCCCACAUGCGCGUCAUCUGACGCCCACCAAACUGGCUCCGAAUGCUGCUCCCUUGCCUGCGGGCCAGUGCACACAUUUCCAGGACAACGAGCAGAAUGAAGGCGGAGCAGCGGCUGCCAGGGAGGGAGCAGACAUUAAUUAUGUUUGCCCACAGUGCGAGAUGGAGGCAUCGGCGGUGACUUUCAACAGCGUGGAGUUUCUGCAGGGCGAACAGGCGGGCGAGCAGCCCCAAGAUGCGCUGAUGGACGGUGAAUCCCUGGAGGAGUCCACCAAUGGGAUCAACCAACAGUGGUGAUGGCAUGCCGGACACACAUUAGAAUAAAGAAAACAAU